GUGUUUUCGUAAUAGUUUCCCCUUUUGUUUUACAAUAUUAUAUAUAGAAUUGCUUUUCCAUUUUUCAUUCAUCACUUUAUUUCAUUUUUAUUUUCCUAAUUCUGUGUGAUAAUGGGGCAACUGUUUGAACAAGUGAGUCACAAGGAUAACGAAGAUACCAAAUCCCAUUGCCAUGAAGAUGCAGGACUCGAGUGUGUUGAUAAAGAAGGAAGAACGCCAUUAAUCUCAGCUUGCACGAAAUCAGAGCUAUUUGACGGUGAAAAAACUCUGCUUCAGUUGGGUUCCGAUGUCAAUGCUUUUCUUUCUGCAUAUCCAAUGAUUCGGAAUGAUGAUUCUCAGACACCUCUUAAGGUUGCUAGAGCUAAAGGUUACAGUAAUAUUGUACGCACGAUUGAGAGUCACAUAUGUUUGUUCUCUGGUUGGAUGCGUGAAUUUUAUGGCCCUAGCUAUGUUGAAUUGUUUGCUCCCCAGCUUCUUUCAAGAAGAGUAUGGGUAGUUAUCGUACCAACUGGUUCACAAAAUCCUACAAAGCCUUUCAAGUUGGAGUUGGUUGUGUAUGCUAGUCUUCAGGAUGCACAACCAAGGACGGUGAUCCCUUUGUGGAAAGCCAAGUUGGAGGAACCAAAAUCAGAUCAGUCUGAUGCUUCAGUGAUGAUUGGUAAUAACUCCACAAGUCCAACGCGCAAGAGGCAAAGAAGAAGGGGAUACAUCUCUCAUGCAAGGCGUUGGGCUCAAGUAGAUUGGCAAAUGCGGCUUAAGCUGGCACCUGCGAAGAGAGGCGACAUCCAACAGCUAAAUUGGUUUUGCGAGGCGUGUAAAGGAAUUCCACAGCCAUUGAAUCCUCCAAUAUGUGAAAACAACGUUUCCAAUGAGGUUGCGCCAUCAGUUUAUCCUUUGAGAGCUGUAGCGGCAGUAGAAGACGGUUCCAUACACUAUCCAUCGGUCGAUGUCGACCUCUCACUCCCUUGUGAAAAAUGUGAGGAUAAAGAAGAUGGUGGAGGAUCUAGAGUGUGUGUAAUAUGUGUGGAUUCAUCAUCUGAAGCAGUGUGUGUGCCGUGUGGACACGUUGCUGGAUGCGUUUCUUGUUUGAAAGAGAUCAAAGACAAGAAAUUGGGAUGUCCUGUCUGUUGCGCCGAUAUUGAUCAGGUUAUUAAGCUAUACCAUGUUUGAAACACGAAAGGACAGAGGGAUCAUCGAAUCUCCUUUCUCUAUGGCUGAAAGAUACAAUUCAAGCAUAAUGGAUCAUGGGUAGUUAUGUUUAUCAUCUAUUUCUCUGUUACAGCUUACAAGUUAUUAGAGUCCAUUUUUCUCUCUACAAAAUAUCUUUCCCAUUGUACUAGUGCUUUAUGCUUUAUUUGAAGUUUCAAAUUUUUUUGUUCGGUUAUUUUAAUAAAGUUAAUAAAUAAUAUACAUAUACAACACAUAUUAUAAUAU